CUUGAAUUAAGACCUACUGUGGGGCCUGGGGCUAAUAACUUGAUGUGCCUGAAUCAUCAUUUUCUUACAAAAUGGUGCUUGGGAUGCUUACUCUAGAGGGUGUUUGAGGAUUAAGUGGAAUGUUCUUUGUAAGACUCAUAGGAGAGUGCCUAACAUGGAGUUGGGGCUUAACCAAUAGGAGUUACCUUUUGCUAGCCAGUUAUAAUCUCAAAUUAUCUCUCUUCAGAUGACUUGGAAGAGGUGUAUGUAGCACUGGGCUCUAGAUAGCUAAUGUUUCCCUCAAAGUCUGCCAGAUUCUAAUGCAGAGUCAUGUCAGAGCACAGAACCAAAUAAGACAUUUACUGGAAAAGAAGCAGGCAGCUGCUGGAAAUGUGCUGGUUCUCUGUGUCAGGUUGCUAUUUCAAUGGACUUUUAAAUGUCAGAGAGAAAACCAUCAUGAGGUCCAUGGCUAACUUUGCUUUUCAUGUUUCUAUCAUUUGUGAAUUCAUAAACAAAGAUGCCAUGAAGAAUAUUCAUGAUUCAUGGGAAAAAUUCAAAAUAUCAACAUGGAAAGGAAUUUGGAAGAAGUUUAUUCCAACACUCAUGGGUGACUUUGAUGGGUUCAAGACUUCGGUGGGAUACGUAUCUACAGAUGUGGUGGGAACAUCAAGAGAACUAGAAUUAGAAGUGGAGCCUGGAGGUGGGACUGAAUCUCUGCAAUCUCAUGAUCAAACUUUAACAGAUGAGGAGUUGCUUCUUCUGAUGAGCAAGAAAGUGGUUUCUUGAGAUGGAAUCUACUCCUGGUGAAGAUGUGGUGAACAUUGUUGAAAUGACAACAGAGGAUUUAGAAUAUUACAUGAACUUAGUUGAUAAAGGAGUGGCAGGGCUUGAGAGGAUUGUCUCCAUUUUAAAAGAAGUUCUGCUGUGGGUAAAAUGCUACCAAAUAGCAUCGCAUGCUGCAGAGAAAUCGUUUGUGAAAGAAGUGAAAUCGUGAAAUUGUGAAAGAAGAAAAGAGUCAAUCAACACAGCAAACUUCAUUGUCUUAGUUUGAGAAAUUGCUGCAGUCACCCAAGCCUUCAGCAUCGAGGCAAGACCCUCAACCAGCAAAAAGAUUACAACUUGCUGAAAGCUCAGAUGCUGGUUAGCACCUUUUAGCAAUAAAUAUGUUAUAAUUAAGGCAUGUACACUGUCUUUUUAGACAUAAUGCUAUUGCACACUUAACAGACAACAGAAUAGUGUGAA